AUGAAAUCUCUACUUAGCAGAGCUGCUAGGUGGGUUGACAGCCACUUGGUGCCUGUCUUAUCCCUAAACAUGUACCGCAACUCUUUUGAGGCUUGUGAGUCAGUUGACCACAUCACUAGCAAUGGUGAUUUUUGCUUCCUUGAGAAGAUAACAGCGAAAUAUGCUAUAGCUUCAUCUGUGUAUUUGAUGUGCAAGAUUCUAAAGAAGUUAUAUUUCAUCACUGAUGAACGUGGUCUCUUAUAUGAAGCAGCAGAAACAUGGGUGGAUGCUCUAAAUGGUGGAAUUUUCUUGCUUUUGCCUUGUUCAAUUUGUGUAGGGGGGUCUAAGCCUAACCUAGCUGACCUUGCUGUCUUUGGGGCGCUAAGAUUCAGCCGUAACCUUAGUUCUGGUAGAGAUGUGGUGGGACACACUCGAAUUGGGGAGUGGUACUCUAGAAUGGAGGAAGUGGUUGGAGGUUUAUCAAGGAUCAAGGCUUAA